GAGGUGGGGAAUGCGGCCAUGUUCGCGGCGAGCUCACGCGGGGCUCUUCUUCACUCGCGUCUCGCCGCGCCCUGAGACGCAGCUCCUCUCCCGUUACUCCUCCUCUGCCUCCUCCUCCUCUUCUGCCUCUCCGGCGGAUUCUUUUGUUUCAUUCACGCGAGCAGCAGCAACCGCAGAAAGCACAGAGCACCCAUUUGCGCGCUGCCGUUCCCAGCCACGUGGGGGGUGAAACCGUUGCCUCGCGUUGCCCGUUUCAGUUCUGCUGCUGCUGCUGCUGCCGCCUAAUUUAUCUCUCUUUUUAAAACACAAACACUGAAAUCCAUCGCAAUCAUGGACGCGACUGCGGGAACCGCGGCUCAGGCUUGCUGCUCCAGUGCAGCGGCUAUGCCGCAAGACCAGAAGCCGAAGGAGCAGAAACCAGGAAUGAUGCAGCAGCAGCAGGAGGAGAAGCAGGAAGAAAAGAAGUACGAGAAGCCUCCGAUCCCGCCCAAGUUCCGCAAGAUCGCCGUGCUGGGAUUCCCCUCUGUCGGGAAAUCUUCUCUGACUGUCCAGUUUGCCCAAGAUGAGUUUCUGAACUCGUACGAUCCAACCAUUGAAAACACCUUUAACAAGAUGCUGACUGUGGAUGGACAAGAAUUCCACCUGAAGCUGGUUGACACGGCCGGCCAGGAUGAGUACUCUCCGUUCCAGCAGUUCUACUCCUUGGAUGUGCAUGGCUACGUGCUGGUCUACUCCGUCACGUCCAACAGGAGCUUUCAGGUGAUCCAAACGAUCCAUGACAAGCUGAAGGACAUUAUUGGGAGAGUGCGCGUUCCAAUGCUCCUGGUUGGAAAUAAGAAAGACUUGAGCAUGGACCGAGUGAUAAGCUACGAGGAAGGGAAGAAGCUGGCCAACUCCUGGCAUGCGGCUUUCAUCGAGUCCACCGCCAAGGAGAAUGAGGCCGUGCAAGAGGUGUUCCGCCAGAUCGUACUGGAGAUGGAGAGAAUCGACAAAAACUGCAUGCGCUCCAAGUUCUCUUGCUGCGUGAUGUAGUUAGGCGCAGGUUUGCGCGUGGAUGCCCGCCCGGCCGUCACUCCGCCCGGCCGUCCCUCCGCCCGGCUGUUCAUCCACCCGACAGCCCAUUCAUCUGGCCGCCAAUUCACCCGGUCGCACAUCCACCCGGCCGCCAAUUCACCCGGUCGCACAUCCACCCGGCCGCACACUCCAACCACCACUUGACCACUGGCUCACGACUGUCCACUCACAAUUGGCUUCGCUUGAAUUGCAGAGGCAAUUGCGAGCUUCCCCAUGCUCACCAUUUGUCUCCCCCCCCCCCUCCCCCACUUCUACCCCCCCCGCCACCCCAGUUUCACAUUACAAGGAUCAUCAAUCGGUCAUGGAUUGCUUAGCCGGUGGCUCUGCUCCUCUAUGGAAGGCCUACUUUCACUGCUCGCAGUGAACACUGUUAUACAGGCUUUGCGUUUUUCAGACAAGUUCCUUGACCAUUGCCACCUUGUAUGGCAGGUCAAAACCGCACACGCGGUCUGUGUGUGUGUGUGUGAGACUGAAUCAAAACCAGCCGACUGGGUCUGUGGUUGCGUGCAUGCGCGAGUGUGUGGUGUUGCGUGUGUGCUGGAUGUCGGCGUACACUAAGACAAAAACCGCUGCUUUACCAGUCGUGAUGCUGGAUCAACACUCGCGUGUUAUUCUACACGCGCACAGCAGCAGCGUGUCUGUUGCCAUGAACGUUCAGGAUGGCUCUGGGUGUAACGGCUCUUGGUGAGGAUUCUUGCAUAGGAUGGGCAGUGAUGUCCUAGUUGGUCUCGCACAGCUGAUGUGUUAUGAUUAGGCAGAGACUGUUACUCUCGCACCCCCCGCCGCCCCCCUCCUGUUUGUAAGACAUCUCACCAACAGCCUCCAGCCCUCCGCCUGCCUUUAUAUCUCCACAACUUGUGACCUCAUUUUUCUUUUUUAAAUGUUUGUUUGGGAAACCAGUUAAGGAGAAACCUGGCUACAUCUGAAAUACCUUGUUGGGGGGGUGGGAUGUUUUUGGGAUUUCAACCCCAUACAACCACAACCGCUAGCUGCUACUUGAUGAAUUCUGUGGUUCACAUCAAAAUACAUUUCAUUUCUCCAGGCACAAGUGCUGCCUCUCAAAACUGUUUAGCAGACUAAUUGAAUCAAUGUGAUUGAAUCUUGAGUUUAAGUAGAUUCAUUCCCACUGGUGCCCACAGCGUCACUGCUUGAAGGUCGUGAUGACACCGAGGACGCUUUAAGGGUAGCCGUCUUCAGCAAUUGCCACCAUGAAUUUUCGUGCGAAUGUUGCCAUGAUGUGUCACCUGCAGCCCAUUUUCCACGGGGCACUGGUAACUUGGAUUGGUGGUGGCACAGGAAAGGUUCCAAGUCGCAAUUAUGUCUAGCCAAUGAAAACACCCUUUUGUUAAUUAAAGUGUAUUCACUAUGAUUAGUCUACCGAGUAACACACCCUUGCGUAAUCGAGUGCAUCCUCUGCAAACGAACUGGAACUUGCUUUUCCAGUUUCCCGCAAGAUUUCGGCAGUCAGUUUUUGCCAUGGUUUUGGCAACUACGUGUUUGUAACAACAGGAAACGGUGUGGCAAAGUUUGUCAUAAAAUCCCCUUGUCACGUGGACCUUCAGGAACACGGCGAUGGACACGUCCUCUAAGAAUCAAAGUUUACACUUCGGUUGAAGUACCGUUUCUCCUUGACUCGCGCCCCCACCGUUGUUAGUUAGGACCCCCUGCCCUGCGUUGCGUGGUGGUGCCUGUACGGGUCGCUCCCUUGUAGACGGUAGUUCGGAUUGCUGCUCCCCUGCAGCUGAAACGAGGUAAAUAAGACUCUGUGGUCUCCUUUCCCAGCAGGGCCACGCCAGGAGAAUCCACAUGCCUCCCUCUAACGACGGGAUGGUGCAGGGAUCACUUUGGCUUUCCCUUGCCAUCCCCUCCCCCUCCCCUCCCAGGGUUUCGCAAACUUUGUCCCGUGACCCACGACGGCGCGCAUCGUCCACGUGUGCACCAGUCCUUCGGUUAAGCGCAGAUAAAGUCGUCGACUGCACGCGCCUGGCGAUUGCAAAACAAGCCGCACGUGACGCGAUGGAAAUUUUACAUCGCUGUCCAGCGCGUGUGUGUGUGUGCGCGCACACGAGUCCCCCGGUAUUGGCGCUGUUGCCGUAGGGGUGAACCAAUGCCGGGGUAGUGCGUGCAACAUGUUUGGUAAACGUCAGGUGCGUGUACAGCGCUGAAUUUGAAGGGGGAACGGGGUGGACACGGUGCGUUUUGUGGUGGCCCGCGAGGACAGGUUUGGGGAAAAUGCGGCGUUCCACGUUUGACGGAGCGCGCAUUGGCUUUGCCAUUACGGUGGCAAGGUGGGCGGGGAGGCAUGUGAUUUAACCUGUGUGGAUUUGGGGAUGGGACCAUGAACCCAGAGACUUAUAAUAAUUGCUGCUUGCCACCGAAUGUUAUUACAUGUAUUUUGCCGUAUUAGUUAAGGUUCGUUUUUUUUGCUCGUGUAUUUUUUUGUUUGUGUUUGGGGGGCCAAAUUGUGAAGGGUUUGACAGUGUAGUCUUAGAAUAGUUUCACGUUUAUUUUUUGUUACAAUGCGUAGCGUUAGUUGCCUCCGUUUGUUUGAUUAAUGAUGUCCGUUCGCAACUUGAAGGACCCUCUGAUUGCCGACUUGACUUGUCCAGGACUAAACGGGGAUGAAAGGUCUCCCAAAGUCACCUGUGACCAUUUUUUUUUAAAGUGCACAUUUUGAUUGGCUGGGAAAUACAAAAGAUUUAAGACAAAAAAAAAUGCAUUCUUGGCCAUCUGCCAUUCUUUGAUCUGUGCAAACACGUGUGGUAUUAUGUUAUAAUUUGCAUGGAUUAGUUUACGUAAUGUGAGAACGUUAAGCUUUAUGUAUUAAAAUAAAACACAACCUUGCAGAGGUACACAUUUUUUUUUGUAAAGAAAUGGUGAAAAAAACUAAAAAAUCAUUACUUGGUUUACGCAUAUCUCAAAAAACCCGGAGUAUUUUCACGAUGGGACUGUGCAGUGAGUGUCCGUUAGCAUGUGCAUGGGACACUGGUAAGUUAUGAGGGUCGCUCGUAGAUGAGGGAGCAGAGGAUAACGGAGGUGAGUUUUGUACCUCUAGUGCUUGAAAUAUGCCCCCCAGAGGGGCAUCUCUUAAGUCACGUGUUGCGUGGAAUGUCAUUUAAAUCGCCAACGCACGGAGAGGCGUAACCAUGCAUUGCUUGGGUAUUGAUCCUUGGCCUUGUCGUGCGCGUAAUAAUCUUAUAUUUUUUACCCUGUGCGUUGUGCAUGAAACUGACGUGUGACCUCCCCGCAGACACCAGUGGCCGCUGUCAUUUCCUCGAUGAAUAGUCGCGCCUCUGCACGCAGUGCAAUUCGUAUGACAAUAAAUGCUUGAAUUUAACUGUUAGUCGAUGACGACCCCUUGGUAAGGACUUGCCUUAUUUCCUUAUUCUAUAGAAGAAAUGGGAAAAACAAGCAGCCUAUCAAAGCACAAAUGUGGUUUAUUUUAUAUAUUUUUUCUGUGUCUUUGGUUUUGUAUUUAAAGGAUUUAGCGUGAAGGUUUGCCCGGGAUACGUCUUCUGUGGAGAGACGUGGGUUUGGUUCUUAGGACCCUGGUUUACGCGAUGGAAAUAAACCGCCUUAGGUGCAACCAAUGUGACUAAACUGUAAAAAAACAGGGUAAAUCAGUUUCUUUUCGAUCUUUUAAAAUUGUAAGCGAAUUUAAAAGUUAACCAGUUUCGCAACUCGUGUGACAAAAUUAUUAGUUAACACUGCUGGCACAAGCGCACAACAAAACAACUUAACAUUCGUCUAACGCCGCCUUAUAUUAGCCAACGUGCUAUGAAGAAGGGCCAUUGCCCGAAACGUUGCCUGUAUACUUUUCCUUUUAAAGCAAUGCUUGUCGCGGGAUACGUUUUUAUGUUACCGUAUUAUUUGCAUACAUUUCAGAUGAAAGACGUAUGCGUGAUUUAGUCGCCUGUAAAAAAAAAAGUUCCAGUGUAGCGGAUUUGACUGCUCUUUUAGAGUUCAAUUCAUUUUGCAGAACGCUUCAAAUUCUAUGAGACGCCGCAGAAAUGCAACCGGUAUCGUGCAACCGAUUUGACUGAAACCAGUCUGUGUCUCGCAACCAGCGCUGUGGGUAUUUCACAAAACUGUUUUGUCAAAACGGUUUGCAUGAAACCGGAUCGCACGGUGACGCGCGGAAAAGAGAAAUUAUUCGCAAGGUGCCACUGUGCCCUAAAACCGAUGGAAUUUAAAUUGGAUCCGAUGCGUAAUCCGUGACCGAACGUCCGCACACUUCCUCAUUUCGUUGGUGAAAUUUGGUCGUCUCGGAUUUUUUUUUUUGGCGGCGCGGGUGCGGGGUGUCCGAUUCUCGCGUGGUUGCUGAAUGUCGUGUUUUGUCGUCACGAUUCCCGCCGACAACGUGACCCAUCGUUGACGUCGUUUACCACCAACGAGUGUACAUCGCCAGGGCUGACUCGUCCCGUUUGUUCUUUUUUUGGCCGUUUCGUCCAAACGUGAAUGUGUCACUACUUCCUGUGACGACACCGCACGUGGCUGUUAUGGCUUGGUGUUGUUUGAAUCUGUGCGGUCUAACACUAUAACCCAGCCUAUAGAGUCCUCCAACCCCCCCAUACAAUUGAGGUGUGGGGGGGGAGAGACGAAACGCGUCGGUGUUCGGGCUGGCGCAGGGUUCUUGCUACCAACGCGCAUUCGGGUCUCCGUCUCGGACAUUUCGCUUCUCUCGCGUCGUGCGUGGACGAUGGUGAAAUGAAUAAUUUGAAAGAAGGAAAAAACUGUGCGCGUGUGUGUGUAAUAUAGGGUCCGCCAAAGAAAUGCACCUGUCCCGUUCUGUCCAGGGUCUCGAAGUGAAUCUUGAUCAACACUCGUAAUGCUUUCUCGUCUCAACAGAGGUGAAGCGUGUUACGAGUGAAGAUCAAGGGGUUUAGUGAAACCGAUAUGACCAAGGCGUGCAUGUUAAGCCCAAUGUUAACCGAACGUAUGAUGCAUCCUUGAAUUCAAGUGACAUGGUUGCAUGACGAUUGAUGUCUUCUGAGACACACGUGUAACAUGAUGAUGUACAAGAAAUGUUGAUUCCUUCACCCAGCAGUGGGUCGGGCAUGGCUGCUAAUGAUGAUAAUGGUUUCACAAGUUAUAUUUUGUGAGUCGAGUAACAUUCUUGCUUGCACGUGUCUUCAAAAACCCGUCCACGGACUUGAAUAUUAAAACUCAUUAAUUUCUAAGUGUGCAAGUUACAGCUCGCCCAAAGGGAAGGUAGUAAUUUGGAAAUGUCACUUCUUAAACCAUUUUCAUCAAUCUUUUUUAAAGCUAUAUAUAUACCACAUUCUCCGAAUUGUAAAAAGCUCCGGAAAUUAAGACGUGCCCGCAACGCUCCCCACCCCGAUGUCAUGAAGGGCAUCACAAAUCUUGAUCACGGGCACACGCCAAAUAGUAUUCUUAGAUGAGUGGCCACCUCUCUAAUUUUGCCUUUUAAAUACAGAGGGAACGGGUGCGUCUUAUAAUCGGGAGGAUGUGGUAUAAUAUACAUGUGAUAGUAAUAAAGGGUGUUGUCAAAACGGUUGCACUGAAGUGUGUGUGUUUUGUGUAUGCCGGUGUUUUUCGCUCAUUUUCAGAGGACGGAGGCGGUGGGGGCCCUUUAGCCGAUAAGACAUCAUCAGUGCGAGGGCCGCCACAUUUGAAACCAUUGUGGUUUGACAGCAGCAACAGCACGAUGAUGAUGCUGCUGUCACAUUCGUGUGUUGGGGCCGCCAGUGGCGUGCGGGCCUUCGCAAUGACGAACACUGGUGCGUGAUAUGGUGAAGUGGCUGUAACUUGUCGUUUUUGAACCGUAACGCUAUGGCAGCAGUGCCGAGGGGACCUGCUGUGUGUGUGUGCAAUAGGGCGCGCUGCUGUUACCUCGCACGCAUCUGUCGACUGGCUGUUCUGGAACAAUUGCCCGCUUCUGAACAAAAAAAGCACAGUCUGUAAAAAUAGUUAUGUUCUUUGAGAUCACGGCGAUGUCGGCACAACCUUUACGGUGUUAACUGCCUACUGGAGUUGCAAUCCAGAAGUCUCAGCCGAUUACAUUUCCAUGCGAUGGAGUUGCAACAACGUGGACUUUUUGUUGUCAAGCAGCGUCCAGUAACUGGGUCAUCGGGAGGUGGGGGGGGGGUAAAGUGUGAGUCCUGUCACUUCCGAAAUUAAUUGGAGGCCCUUCCGCUAAGCAUGGGCGCGAGCGAACAUUUGCAGGGCUGCGCUUUUACCUUGCACACGCAUACUAAACACGAACAAUGCGUAAGCCUUUUAACUGAAACUGUGUCCUUAACAAUGCAACGCCUUAAAUACUUGUUUAUCUCAUGCAGAGAACGGGUUUACUCGAUGUUUGUGUUCCGUGCGGGUUUUGGGUUUUUUUUCUCGCAACAAAUUCUAUUUUGUAAGCCUCUGGUGCUGAGUGUGAGCUCACCACACCAUUUGGGUGGUUUACCUGUCGAUGAUUCCGUCUCGAAUUAUCCCUUGAAUUACUGUUCAGCUACGUUUUGUAAUUUUGUUUCCACGUGUGAAGGGGAAGAGGUGUGUGGUGCCGUAUGUUGUUGUAUUGUUGUUGUACUGUACCUCUAAAUAAAAGUAGUC